AUGCGUGCACUCUUGAGAAUAGGCGCCAUAUUGCGCCGAAAGGUGGGAACAGUGAAACGGAAAUCAAAGAAGCCUCUGUCUGGAAAACUACAAGACCUAACGGACGCUCAGUUGUUGGAUAGUCACACCGUAUGGCUGGAAGGAGCGCUUCGCAAACGUGGUUUCUAUCCAACCAGCGCCUUUCUGCUGAGGAAUAUUUGUCUAACCUCUGAGUACAUUUCGUAUGGGAACACGGAUGGUGGCUGCGUGCUGGACAGAAUCUACUUUGGAGAUGUUUGUGGCAUCGUUUUUUGCGGAAUGGAGGAUGAAGAAUUUGAUGCCAUCUUCUCGAUGGACCCGGAGUAUGAAGUAGAGAGGCUUAAGGCAAAGGAACUGCUGGGCACUCUGCAGGAUCUGCAGUUUUCCAUAUGCACCAGUCUGAAGGGGUAUCAUCGGGGGCGGCAGUUCGUUUUUGAGACGAGCUCGUACGAAGAGUUGGAUGUGUGGGUUUCUAGCAUCGCGCGCAUCAUGAGGCAUUAUGAUCGUUCAAGUUUUGUUCCGAUGACAAGACUGCAGACCUAUCGGAGGUAUGUGAGAUGGUUAUACCUGGGAGACCGAACUCAGAUUGUAAUCGCCACGAUGAUCUCACUCAACUUUGUUGUAAAUAUCAUGGACAGUCAAUUGCAAGAUGAGCAUCUUGCCGGUCUGAGGUACAUCCUCAACUUCAUAGAUUCAUCUUUCACUGGGCUUUUCUUGUUGGAGCUCAUCACCAACAUGUUUUCUACUCUUGUCAAUGAAUUCAUACGGGAUGCUUGGAACUGGUUUGACACCACCGUUGUGCUUAUCUCCGUCGUCGCAAACUUCAGUCCCAACGUCCCUGGGAUCUCGGUGCUGCGACUGCUGAGGACUUUCAGGGUCUUCCGACUGUUCAAGAGGGUCCCGUCGCUCCGCCAGAUCUUGAUUGCUCUGAACCUCUCUAUCCCGCCGAUGAUGAACGCCUUUGCCCUUGUCUGUCUUGUCACAUGCAUCUAUUCGAUCAUGGCUGUUUCUUUCUUCAGCUCCAGCUGGCCUGAGUACUUUGGUGACUUCUUCACGACCAUGUUCACCAUGUUUCAGAUCCUUACGGGAGAUAAUUGGGCCUACAUCUCUCGACAGCUCUUCAUACUCACCGGGAACGGGCCCGGCGUUGCACUUCUGGUCUCCUUUGUUCUAGUCAAUGUUGUGAUUGCGGUGCUCCUGGAUGAAUUCGCUCGAGCGGCGACCAAGUCGACUUCACUUCAGAUGGAGCGGCACAAGGUCAAGGAGAAAGCUCCGGUUCACGACCGCUGUCCUCUCACAAUCAUAGCGAAAGACUUGUGCACGUAUCAUGAUGUGGACGACCUGGAAAAGCGCAUCACGUUCCUCUUCAUUCGAAUCGUUCGGGCAGCCGACCUGACCGGAGGGGAGAACACUAGGCUGAAUCAUACGAACCUGUAUCAUGGCUUCUUGAACCUGGGCUGUAUACCUCCAAUCAUGUUUCAUCGGCCUCACUGGGAGAAGUACGUCGAGGAAAAGAAGCUCUGCGAUGCGCAUGGAUACAUGGGUAUCCAGGAGUUCAUGGUCAUGAUCAAACAGGCGCUGAGGCGCUUUCAGCUGCGAGAGCUCUCGAGCGUGAUGCAGGCAGACAAACUGGACGGGCGUUGGAACAAGAAGAGGAUUGUCACUGCCCUCAUGACCAUCAAGGGGAUCCUGGCGGAGGAGGCGCAAAUGAAUCGAGACUUCGCUCCCGUGCUGCUGGAAAAUUUCAACACGUCCAACGAACCUCCCUUGCUGGACAAGGGGGCACUUGUCAAUGACAUGGACGACCUGCACGGUCGCUUGUCCGGCUUCGAGAAGGAGAUCCUUGGAGCUGACCAGUGCACGCCUCGGCCGAAGAAGCUUGUGAUGACCCCUCGGGCCGCGGCCCCUGAGGUGAUGCUCACCAACGGCCGGGGGAAGGGAGUCGACUCCAACACGUCCAAUCUCUCCAAGGUCUCGGAAGCGAUCUCGGGCCCUUUCGGCUUCGACCCUCUGCCCUCCGCCAUCAAAGUCAAUCUUCCUUUCUCUCCUUUCAACUUCUCCACCCCUCCUCCGAGGAAGAGCCUCGACGGCGCUCUCACAACCAGAAGCACAAGGUUGCCGACGGCGAGGAACCUGCAAGAGGAAGGCUGGGGCUUCAUCGCGUCACAGGGCCGGGGGCUAUUCGGCAGCAAGCCAACAGAGGCGAAGAGGAUAGGGGAGGUUGGCGCGGGGAUUCUGGGCACUUUUGAGAACAUCGGGAGAGGAAUUUUCCCUUUCAUCCCACGAUCGAACAACAAUGGUCCCGUGGAGAUAUCGACGCGUCCAGUAGGGCGAGGGGUGCUCAAGAAGCAGGGCACGUUGUAG